AUGGCGGUGGCGCUCGGGGCGCGGGGGGCGACGCGGCGGUGGCUGACGGCGCUGUGGGGACGGAGCCCGAGCCGGGCAGCCGCGUCUGCAGAUGCACAGUGGCUGACAGCUGAGGAGAGGAACCAGGUUAUACUUGAUCUGAAAGCAGCAGGAUGGUUGGAAUUAAGUGAAAGAGACGCCAUUUACAAGGAGUUCUCCUUCAAAAAUUUUAAUCAGGCAUUUGGCUUUAUGUCUCGAGUGGCUCUGCAGGCGGAGAGGAUGAACCAUCACCCGGAAUGGUUCAACGUGUACAACAAGGUCCAGAUAACUCUCACCUCCCAUGACUGUGGUGGACUGACCAGGAGAGAUGUGAAGCUGGCGCAGUUUAUUGAGAAAGUAGCUGCUGCCGUGUGACUGCUCCCUUGCAUGCGUGCAUGGAACCGUGCAUGCGCAGUGGCUGUGGAGGGCAGUCACACCAACAGAGAUGUUGUAAACUAGUUGGCCUUUUUAUGUUUUGUAUCACCAGUCCUUAAAUACAAAAUGAUUGAAACCUGA